AUGUUCAACACCCCCUGCCGCAUGGACGAAUACGAGCAAGAAACUGGCUUCUUUCCUAAACAACGAGCACGUGCCUACUACGGCGAGCUCCUCCUCGGGGAUAAAGACACAUUCAGGUUCGCCUGGCAUGCGCUCAAGACAAAGUACGGGAAGCCCAGGAGGUGGCUCACGAGCAUCGGGACGGUGAAUGAUGGCUUCUACUGCGGCCACUCGCUCGCGCAGUACCACCCGGAUGACGGCGACGACCGCAUCGCGUUCGUCCACGGCGGACUGGUCAAGACCGUCCACCCGGAGGUGAUGAGAUGGAACCGGGAAAAGGGGGGCUACGUUCGGGAUUACAAGCGCGCACUGUCAGAUAAGAACCCGGCGGUGAGUGUGGAUGUGGGCAUUAAAUUUGACGGGGCUCUGUACAAGCCUGACCAUGGCCCUGACUUCCAUGCUGCCAUGUGCACAUAUAUGUUUGACGUUGAAUCGAGGAAUCUGGAUGAGAUUCUCCCCGGGUUUGAGCAGGUAUUUGAGGAGAUAGGGGGUUACUGGGCAUUGGAAAGUCCUCAAACUUGA